UCUAAAAAGCGCCCCCCCAGAACUCAACCGCUCACCAAUCGACCGCUUGAUUGGAGGAGAUACGGCUAUCCGCCGCGGUCGGAUCUUUGAAUUUAAAAAAAAAUAUUAUUAUUAUUAUAGGCCUAUACGGUAUUUAUAUUACAUUUUGCACAAUGCGAUGAGAACGUCACGCAGGCAUUGAUAUUUAGGUUUGAGGAUAAUAAUAAAAAAGACGAUGCCUGGUGAAGCGCGGCUCCAUCAGUGCGCCUCUAUUGCAGGUCAUCUGAAAACAACAAUAGAUAUAUCAUGUCGUGUUUGAGCGUCGCAUGCAGCGCUGUUAUUGUCCUGUUCGGAGCGGUUUGCAGCGUUUUCAUAUUCUGUGAGUAUCUGAUUUAUUACGCCGCGAUAUUACAGUGCGGUUGGCCUGGGAUCGACCAUGGUGCCCCGGCGAGUGAGAGGAGCGCAGACGGCCAACCAGAGCCCGAGGUUCUCCGCGCUAUGGUGCUGUCAGACACGCACCUCCUCGGCGCUGUCGGAGGGCACUGGUUCGACAAACUGCGAAGGGAAUGGCAGAUGGAACGAGCUUUCCAGACCGCCCUGGCCCUGCUCCGACCUGAGGUCGUCUUUAUACUGGGGGAUGUGUUCGAUGAGGGGAAAUGGAGCUCUCCGAAGAACUGGGAGGAUGAUGUCUGUCGUUUCCAGAAGAUGUUUAGACAUCCCAGUGACACAGAGCUGGUAGUUCUGGUUGGAAACCACGACAUCGGCUUCCACUACGAAAUGGACUGGUUCAAGUUACAACGCUUUGAGAAGGCCUUCAAUACCACCUCCACCAGAAUGGUCACCAAGAAAGGAGUGAACUUUCUGUUGGUCAACAGCGUGGCGUUGCAUGGUGACGGUUGUCCUAUCUGCCAAUCAGUGGAGAAACAGCUUCACACACUGUCCAGGGACCUCAACUGUUCACUACUACAGAAUUCUGAGUCCAGAAUUAUAAGAGAAUACUGCCAAGACGCGUGGACCUAUCCUUCUACAACACCUAUCAUCCUGCAGCAUUACCCUCUUUACCGGGUGAGUGAUGCGGGCUGUACGGGUCGGGAUGCUGCUCCUCCUGAAGAGCGCCACCUGCUGUUCAGAGAGAAGUACGACGUGCUGUCUCAGGAGGCCUCUCACAGGCUGCUGCAGUGGUUUAAGCCCCGCCUGGUUCUCAGUGGCCACACCCACAGUGGUUGUCAGGUUCUCCAUGACAACAAGUACCCAGAGAUCAGUGUUCCGUCCUUCAACUGGAGGAACCGCAACAACCCCAGUUUCAUACUGGGUUCGUUCUCCUCCAGUGGUUAUGGCCUGUCUAAGUGUUUCCUUCCAGAGGAGAGUACAGUGAUAGCCCUCUACUGCUCUACAGGAGCCAGCCUCCUCUUCCUCCUCCCUCUGGUCCACUGCCUGUGGAUGCGAGGCCUUUUCCGGUGCCUCAUCCUCUGUCCAAUCAGCAAACACAAGUUUCUCUGACGGUCUCAGGUAGAGGUUGUCCCUGACUGCUGAAUGAUACAGGGUGAGAUAUGAGCUACAUCCCAUCUCAAAUGGCACCCUAUUCCCUAUUAAGUGCACUACUUUUAACCAGGUUAGCCCCAUAGGUGCUCUGGUAAGAAGUAGUGUACUACGUAGGGAAUAGGGCGCAACUUGGGACGUAGCCACGCUGUCCUCCCCCUAAAGCAGGGGUGGCUGGUGCUCCUGCCCUGGGAGGCUGCCGUGGGUUUGCAGGGUUGUGCUCCACCACAGCACUGACUGACAUGUUCAUGUGAACACAGGACCAAGUCUUGCUGGUUUGCUGACAGGUUUGUUAGAGUAGGGCUGAAACAAAAGCCUGCACACCCAGUAGCCUUCCAAAAGGAAAAUUGGUCAUCCUAUUGGGAGGUAAAGUAAUCUGACUCUAGAUCUGUAGUUAAGGACAGCCUCUACCUGGAGAGAACCUGUGUGACCCCCUCCCCCCCCACAGAGACUUGGACGUUUUUGAAAUUCUGUAUUUUUCUUUCUUUAAAGCUGUGAAAUUCCACAUUCCAAAAAGAACAAAGAACAGAGUUCAGGAUAGAGAAUAGGGGUCAGGAUGGAGAAUAGGGGUCAAGAUGGAGAAUAGGGGUCAGGAUGGAGAAUAGGGGUCAGGAUGGAGAAAAGGGGUCAGGAUGGAGAAUAGGGGUCAGGAUGGAGAAUAGGGGUCAAGAUGGAGAAUAGGGGUCAGGAUGGAGAAUAGGGGUCAAGAUGGAGAACAGGGGUCAGGAUGGAGAAUAGGGGUCAAGAUGGAGAACAGGGGUCAAGAUGGAGAACAGGGGUCAGGAUGGAGAAUAGGGGUCAGGAUAGAGAACAGGGGUCAAGAUGGAGAAUAGGGGUCAGGAUGGAAAAUAGGGGUCAGGAUGGAGAACAGGGGUCAGGAUGGAGAACAGGGGUCAGGAUGGAGAACAGGGGUCAGGAUGGAGAACAGGGGUCAGGAUAGAGAACAGGGGUCAGGAUGGAGAAUAGGGGUCAGGAUGGAGAAUAGGGGUCAGGAUAGAGGUCAGGGGUCAGGAUGGAGAAUAGGGGUCAGGAUAGAGAACAGGGGUCAAGAUGGAGAACAGGGGUCAGGAUGGAGAACAGGGGUCAGGAUGGAGAACAGGGGUCAGGAUAGAGAAUAGGGGUCAGGAUAGAGAACAGGGGUCAGGAUGGAGAACAGAGUUCAGGAUAGAGGUCAGGGGUCAGGAUAGAGAACAGGGGUCAGGAUAGAGAACAGGGGUCAGGAUGGAGAACAGGGGUCAGGAUAGAGAACAGGGGUCAGGAUAGAGAACAGGGGUCAGGAUGGAGAACAGGGGUCAGGAUGGAGAACAGAGUUCAGGAUAGAGGUCAGGGGUCAGGAUAGAGAACAGGGGUCAGGAUAGAGAACAGGGGCCAGGAUAGAGAACAGGGGUCAGGAUGGAGAACAGAGUUCAGGAUAGAGAACAGGGGUCAGGAUAGAGAACAGGGGUCAGGAUAGAGGUCAGGGGUCAGGAUAGAGAACAGGGGUCAGGAUAGAGAACAGGGGUCAGGAUAGAGAACAGGGGUCAGGAUAGAGAACAGGGGUCAGGAUGGAGAACAGGGGUCAGGAUGGAGAACAGAGUUCAGGAUAGAGAACAGGGGUCAGGAUAGAGAACAGGGGUCAGGAUAGAGAACAGGGGUCAGGAUGGAGAACAGGGGUCAGGAUGGAGAACAGGGGUCAGGAUGGAGAACAGAGUUCAGGAUAGAGAACAGGGGUCAGGAUAGAGAACAGGGGUCAGGAUAGAGAACAGGGGUCAGGAUGGAGAACAGGGGUCAGGAUGGAGAAUAGGGGUCAAGAUGGAGAAUAGGGGUCAAGAUGGAGAACAGGGGUCAAGAUGGAGAAUAGGGGUCAGGAUAGAGAACAGGGGUCAGGAUGGAGAACAGAGUUCAGGAUAGAGAACAGGGGUCAAGAUGGAGAAUAGGGGUCAGGAUGGAGAAUAGGGGUCAGGAUAGAGAACAGGGGUCAGGAUGGAGAACAGAGUUCAGGAUAGAGAACAGGGGUCAAGAUGGAGAAUAGGGGUCAGGAUGGAGAAUAGGGGUCAGGAUAGAGAACAGGGGUCAGGAUGGAGAACAGGGGUCAAGAUGGAGAGUAGGGGUCAAGAUGGAGAAUAGGGGUCAGGAUGGAGAAUAGGGGUCAGGAUGGAGAAUAGGGGUCAAGAUGGAGAAUAGGGGUCAGGAUGGAGAAUAGGGGUCAAGAUGGAGAACAGGUGUCAGGAUGGAGAAUAGGGGUCAAGAUGGAGAAUAGGGGUCAGGAUGGAGAAUAGGGGUCAAGAUGGAGAAUAGGGGUCAAGAUGGAGAACAGGGGUCAAGAUGGAGAGUAGGGGUCAAGAUGGAGAACAGGGGUCAUGGUGGAGAAUAGGGGUCAGGAUGGAGAACAGGGUCAUGGUGGAGAAUAGGGGUCAGGAUGGAGAACAGAGGUCAGGACAGUGGAUCAGGACAGAGAACAGAGGUCAGGAUGGUGGAUCAGGACAGAGAACAGGGGUCAGGAUAGAGAACAGAGGUCAGGACAGUGGAUCAGGACAGAGAACAGAGGUCAGGACAGUGGAUCAGGACAGAGAACAGGGGUCAGGAUGGAGAGCAGGGGUCAAGAUAGAGGUCAGGACAGUGGAUCAGGAUAGAGAACAGACAACCAACAGACACUAUCCUGACCACUGUUCUCUAUCCUGAUCCACUAUCCUGACAACGCCAGAGGCCCGAGCCAGUGUUUUCAUACCCUCACCUUGUACAGAGAGUACUGGUCGUUGUCCUUGUUCUGGCGUUCGGAAAGGGACCAUUCAACUACAAUGAAGGAAAACUUCACUGUCAGUCAUCUAGAUGUUCCUCUCUUCGCACCAGGAAGUACAAGGUUCACUGUCUCCCAUCUUCCUCUGUGUGGCCCGUAGCAACUCAGAGGAGGAGUGCUGAUCUAGGAUCAGGCUGUUCCUGUCCAGGUCAUCUUUAGGGGCUCCCGAGUGGCGCAGCGGUCUAAGGCACUGCAUCUCAGUGCUUGAGGCGUCACUACAGACACCCCGGUUAGAUUCCAGGCUGUAUCACAACCGGCUGUGAUUUGGAGACCCGUAAGGCGGCGCACAAUUGGCCCCAGCGUCGUCCCGGGUUUGGCCGGUGUCGGCCGUCAUUGUAAAUAAGAAUUUGUUCUUAAACUGACUUGCCUAGUUAAAUAUUAUUAUUAUAAAAAAUAAAAAAAAUCUUGUUCAAAGACUAACCUGAUUCUAGAUCAGCAGUCCUACCCAGAGAGGCUUUGUGGGUAACAGGUCCUGAUCUCUAUUAUAUAUACUGAUACCAGAAGUGCAUGUCUUCAAGCAGCAUUUAAUGUACUAAAGACACACGUCUCUCUGACAACGGUAAUGGACUUUUAUUAUCGUUGUUUUCAUUAUUUAACAAAUAAAAAAACGUUUUUUCUCCUCCUGUAUGCAAAUGUAUGUAAAUCUAUUUAAAUUCCUGAUGUAAAUACCAAUAAAGGAAAUUAUGUCAACAGUU